CUUCUAUAAAACGUAAACGAAUCUCCACUAGAAAUAAACAAUUUCUUGAACCUGAUUUUGAAAUAGAAAACGUUAGUUCAAGUACCCUGCACCGUUGGAAAAAAUUAUGUAAAUGUGGAAAUCGUUUAAUUCCAAGCAAAUCCCUUGAAUAAAAUAUUUAUAAUGAAGGCUGUAAUAACGAGGAAGAUGGCAACUUAAAUAAUGAAGCUGAUAUCGCACAUCUUGUUACACAAAAUAGUUCUUUUAAUAAUUGUAACGAAUCUUCUGAGGAUAACCAUUAUGAGAGCGAUGAAAGUGAUGAGCAUCACAGUAGUUUACAAGAUAAUGAUUCAACUCAUAGUGAUGCUAUAAUUGAUGAAACAAUUAGUAGUCAUAACGGAAAUACUGAUGAGGAUUCUAGUGAAAGUAAUAGAAAUGCAGAAAAAGUUUCUAAUGUUAGAACGAAUACUCAAGACAAUCGUAUUAUGUUUCACGACUCCAAAAUCACAGUGCAUGAAACAAGUGUAAUUCUAACAGCAUUAAGUACAAAAUACCACCUACCUGAUGUUACACAAGAACAGUUUGGUUCUUUUAUAAAAAUUUUGGGUCCGCACAAUUUUAAUCAUAAAUCACUGUUUAACAAUUACUACAUGUCUGAAAAAUUUUCUGUGCCUUAUGGUAUUAUAAAGUACCAUUUUUAUUGUGAGUUUUGUGAAGAACAAAUUUUAUAUAUACAACAAAGCAAGAUGUUUUACCAAAAAUCAGUAAAGAAUGUCCUAUUUAUGAAAAAAAAAAACAAACAUUAUCUUAUAAUAAUGCACCAUAUUUCACAUCUAUCAGCAUCAAAUAUCAAUUUAAGCAGCUAUUAAAAACAAAAAAAAAUACGAACUGCUUUAUUAUCUAACUAUGAAAAUCGAAAACGUAAAGAUAAAAAUGAUUCCAAUAUUUCAAGCGUCACAGAUUCAGAUUUAUACAAAAAACUGCCACUGGAUGAAAAUUAUUGCACAGUAUCAGUCAAUGCUAAUACUGAUGGAGCACCAAUUUUUAAAAAUUCUCUUACUUCUAUGUGGCCAGUACAAUUAAGGCUAAAUGAAUUAUCACUAAUGGAUAAUGCAAACAAUGUUAUUUUAUGCGGGUUUCUUCUUGUGAAAAAGGAACCAAGCUCAAAACUAAUGAAUUUAUACUUAAAAACUGUGCUUGUAGAAAAUAUUAAAAAAUUAAGUUCUACGGGCUUAAUUUAUAAUGAUGAAGGUAAGAACAUUAAAUUCAAAAUGUUUUUAUUAUUAGUAACUGUGGAUUCUAAAGCAAGGCCAGUUAUACAAUCUAGAUUGCAGUUUAAUGCUUAUUAUGGAUGCUCUUGGUGUUAUGCUCGGGGUGAAUAUACUAACACCAUGAGGUAUACAUUUAAAUUUAGUGACUCUAAAAUAAGAACAGAUGCAUCACACAUACAAGAUUUGCGUAAAGUAAUGGAUUAUAAUUUAAAAAAUUUUAAUGACGUAAAAGGACUAUGCAUAUUAAUGCAACAACCUAAUUUUGAUCCAGUAUGGGGGUUCCCGAUUGAUAUUUUACAUUGUGUAUGUCUUGGUGUAACAAAGCAAUUUUGGGAUAAUUGGACCCAAACUAACAGCCCAUUUUACAUUAACAAUAAUAAGCAAAAAAUAGCUAAUAAAAAAUUAUUAAACUUUCAAUCGCCAUCAGAAAUUCAUAGAAGUUGUCGCCCAUUUGGACCAAGAAUUAAAAAGAAAGGAUCAGAGUGGCUUUCAUGGCUUCUUUUUUUUAGUAUUAUUUGUUUACAAAAUAUUCUUCCAGAUGAAGAUUUAUGUCAUUUCAGCAUAUUAGUAAAGUAUGUGUACACUUUAUCAAAAAAAAAAACAAUAACUGAAGAGGAAUGCCUUAAUUGUCAUAGAGAAUUAUUAACAUUUAUUGGUCAGUGUGAAUUAUACUAUGGAAUAAAUUUCAUGACUUUCAACGUUCACAGUCUCUUACAUUUAGCUUACAGUGUAAAAUAGUCUGGCCCAUUGUUGGCAACAUCUACUUUUCCAGCAGAAAGUUUUAUGUUCCAAUUACAACAAUCAAAAACUUCAUCUAAAGGUGUCGAUAAACAGAUUAUUAGAAGGUACUUGAAAAUUAAUUUAUUAAAAUGGAAUGAAUUGCCACUACUAACACCAAACAAAAUUAGUACAAAAUUCACGGAGAGUAUUUUGUAUAAUAAACCUUUUUACGCAGAUGAAAUUGAAGAUGUAGUGCUUUCAAAUUUAGAAUAUGAUGAUGGGAUACAGAAGUAUAAUCGAUGCAUAUACUUUGGAAAUAUUUACACAUCCCAAAAGUAUUCUAUUGGGAUGAAAAGAAAUAAUAGUAUUGUACAAUUAAAAAGUAAUAUUUUUGUACAAAUUUUGUAUUUUUUUAAAAUUGACGAUGAUAUUUACAUCAAAGCAAAAUUUAUUUCUACUAAAUUUGCCUUACUAGAUAUGCCUCAUGUUUGGAGAGUUGAAAAUAUACUAAAUGAAAGCAUUGUAGAGAGCAUUACUUCGAUUGAAUGUAAAUGCAUUUUUUUACAUGUUGAUGAUAACGAACAAUAUAUAUCUGUAAUGCCGAAUACAUUUGAUAUACAAUAAAAUAUUUUUUAAUAAAUUAACAGUGAUGAACAGUGAAAACAUCCAAAAUA